AUGGCAAUCACUAAUCACAACGAUUUUGUAAUUGAAAUUAGCACCAUGCUGGAACAAGCGGAAAUAGCCAUGGCUGCUGAGUGCUGCUGCAUCUACAGGGUCCCGAAUGAUAUUCGCAGACUGAAUGAAGAUAGCUUUACCCCAAAGAUGGUUUCUAUUGGCCCCUUUCACUAUGGCCUUCCCAGACUACAAAAUAUGGAAAGGUACAAGCUUCAGUAUGUCAACCAAUUUUGUCGAAGAAUUUCCACUACCACAAGUUUGGAGCGAUUGAUCAGCUUUGUUGAGGAGAUUGAGCCUCGCGUUCGUCUUCAUUACGCAGAGCCCUUUGAGCUCAGCAUUAAGGAACUAGUAAAGGUGAUUCUUUUUGAUUCUUGCUUCUUAUUUGAGCUAUUUUGGAGGUCCUAUUAUUGUGAUUGGGAUGGUGUUAUUAAGUUAAAGCCAUGGGAAGCCACUACCAUGAGAUUAGAUUUGCUCUUGCUCGAGAAUCAGCUGCCUUUUCCUGAACUUGACAGGCUAUACAAUCGAGUUUUUCCCUCCAACACGCGCCAUGAAAAUCCACCAUUUCUUCAUCUUACUUUCGACUACUUUGAUUAUUAUAACAACAUGAAGUUAGAACCUCAAGGUGUUAGCAUAAGCCACUUCACAGAUCUGAUUAGAACAUUUCACUUACCCCAUUUGAGCAAUCAACCAAGGAGACAGAGUAAGUCGGUGAAAAAUCUUCAGAGCGCAACUGAGUUAGUUGAAGCAGGGGUGAGAUUUAGGAAAAGUGCAAGCCCGUGCCUACUUGACUUUAAAUUUUCAGGACGAAUUCUAGAAAUACCAGAAUUAAAGGUGGAUGAUUCAACUGAAACUUUGUUUCGCAAUCUAGUGGCAUUAGAGCAGUGCCACUAUCCUUCUGAUUCUUACAUUACUGACUUUGUUGCUAUCAUGGACUUCCUUAUCAAUACAAGUAAUGAUGUGGAUCUAUUGGUUCAGGAAGGAGUCAUUGUUAACUGGCUAGGGGAUGCCAAUUCUGUGGCUAACUUAUUCAAUAGUCUCUGGAAAAAUGUCACGAAUGUAAAUUUCAACUCACAUUACUCAAAUCUCUGCAAGGACUUAGAUGUCUUCUGCAAAAGUCCUUGGCAUAACAUGAAGGCCACUUUGAGACAUGACUACUGCAACACCCCUUGGCAGACUGCUGCUUCUUUUGCUGGAAUUCUGUUGCUUGUUCUCUCUUUAAUCCAAGCGGUUAGUUCUAUCUUACAAGUGGUGCAACAAUACAAACAAGGCUCAUCACAUUGAGCUUCUCUUUUUCAUUUAUGGUAGUUUAUACCUUUUUUUUGGGUGUUGUUAGGAAGUAAGUGUAUAGAGCCCUCAUCCUUAAUGCUAAAAUUUUCAUUGUAAUUCUUGCAACCAAUUAGAAACAUGUCGUGCGCGCGCGCGCAUCAUUUUCCUUGCACAUCCGUCCCUCUAUCAUUAAGCUUUGUAUAUUGAACAUGAUGUGUUGGUUCACUUUGAACCGUUUUAUUGUGCUGGGAAUGGAUCCUUUCCAUUUAGGUUUUGAAU